AUGGCCCAAAUAAAAGGAAAAAAGGAGAAAAAGGAAAGAAACGAGAAGAGAAAAGAAGCAAUUAUCCAUCCCUCUCCAUCACAACGACGAAAAAGGUCGUUCCACACAGGUGGAGACUGUGAACGACCAUAUGCCACAUAUAGCCCAGGGAAAGAAUUAUUAUUAACAAGCCAGAUCAAGAAUCCCUGUUCCAGGUCCUCUCGACGGGGAGAUCAUCUCCACGGGCGAGAAAGGGCGACGAUUGGACUUGCCGUUUUUUAA